AAUGUCUGUGGAGAAAGGGGUUCCGUUUGGAUUUCCGCUCUGGGACCCGAGGGAGCAGCGGAGAACGCCGCACUGGGAGGCGAGGGGGCGCGGCAAGGCCCGCGUCCUGGGCAGCAAAGGCCAGGCCCCGGCCCGCGUGUGUUUCUUACCGGAGCUGGGAAACAGAGGGUCACCGGUGCGAGAAAAAAUGUGGGUCCCCUGGUACGGGCUCAUCGUGAUUGGGAAGAAAAUGGAGCUUCUGGGUAGAAACAAGCAAAAGCCUAGGAAGCCGGAGCCUGAGACGAAGUUCCCGGGACUGGAAGACGAGGAAACGGUCCGGAAAGCGAGGUCGGGCCUGAGUCAGGAAAGGAACGUGCGGCUCCUGCACCUGGUCGCCAGCGUGUUACACUCUUCAGCGGGUUUUGUAAAGGAGAGCCCGAAGGAAGCGUGGGCGAAGCCAGAAGUCAGCCGCAAAACCAGGGUUGACGUUGGGAGCGCGGGGACUCCCACGGGGUCGAGGAGGCCGUCUGGGCUGAAAGAGGCGCCGAGGUUUCCCGGGGUGAGGACCAGCAGAGAGGACAUGAGAUCCCGAGGGUACAAACCAGGGCGGAAUGAGGAGAGGUUGAGCAUCAGUGGAGGGAAGCUGAGGUUGAACGAAGAGAAGAGGCGAUCCAGAGGGGAGAAGAAGCGAAGACAAAACGGAGAGAGUGGUCGUGAAAGAGAUACUGGCGCUGAGAUAGAAAUUCCUUUUCAACGGGUGGAAGGCGAGGAGCCUGAGGACGGGGUGGAAGUUGAGGAGGAUGUCUUGGUGGAGUGAAUGAUAUUAUGGAUGAAUCUGUUCCUAUGGAAAAGAAAGAGGCUAUAGAGGAAGUUACAGGUGAAUGAGGCAGAUGAAGGAUUGGAGCUAAAGAAGGGAAGAGAAGCAGUUAGAGGAAGUAUUGCAAGUCAGUGAGGAGAAAUUGUUGACCCUGAAAGAGUAAAUAUGAGAGAGGGAAGGAGGCAUCUAAGCCUAAGACAGCGAGAAUGAAGAGCUCCCGGAGUUGAAGGCAGAGAGACCAAGGCCAAAGGAAACAAAGAAGAGUGGUGAAGGAGAUGGGAACAUUUUGAGGAGAAAGAAAAUAUUUGAAAAUGUGUUAAUACGUAAAGAAAAAUUGGAUAUUAGUUUCUUGGAGAAGAGCUGUAAACCAAGGAGCUUGUAGAGAAAUAUCUGAGAAAUGGAUUUAGGAUGGGCUAUAAGGAUUUGGUUUGCAUAGUAAGAAUGCAGUGAGAAAAACGAAAAACUACAGCACGAUAAAGGAUAAAUAAUGAACAUUAUUGGAGGAACAUAAAUGAACGUUAUGGAGGAAGAUACAGGCCAGAGCAAGCAAAGAAAAUUUCUGAAUGAGGAUCCUAAAGAUGGACGAGGGACUCUACAGAGACAAAAGCAAGAAAAGAGAGAGAUAAGAAAAUAAACAAAUGAAGAAAAAAAAGUAAGAAGCCAAAUCUCAUAAUAGUGAUUAUGUGUGAUUAAAGUCAUUUCGUUCACUGUUUCUGUGCCCUCCUCUCCCAUGUAGCCAAUUUUAUAAUGUAAUGGAACAGGCCUCUCACAGGGCCUGUAUAUCUGGACCAAGCCCAUUCUCAUUGGUCUUCCCUGUCAUUAUUCCCCACUAUCCUAUAAUUUCCAAGUUGUUGCUGUUUAUAAACGCAGUUUUGAAUAAUUGCUGGGCUCCACUAUUUUAAUCACUUCACCAUGAUCGCCAUUUCCACAGGUUUCCCUCACCUCCACAUCAAAUUUGAAUUGCUCAUAUUGAUUUGAAGUUGUCUCAAUUAUUUGUAUUGUUUCAUUUUUGAUUUUUAAUUAUUCACAUAAUCACAUGGACUUUUCCCCUUGUGUUUGUGUCCUUUGGUACUUUU